AUGCCCUCCUCUAGCGACUACCUACACCCUCUGGACGGACCGUCCGGCCCUGGAGAGUUUUCAGGUUCGGAUGACGACGACUUGGACCUGGAAGAACUCGACCCCAGCACAACGACAGCCGGCCUACCGUCCCGACCAUCCCGAGACUAUCACGGACGCAAACGAAGCUAUGGACCCGGGAUUGCGCUUCGCAACCUGCGGGUGGGGAUGGGAGGUCGGAACUGGAGACGCAGUCUGUCAGGCCAGAGGGAAUCAGGAGAAGACACAAGCGCGUUGCUGGAUGACGCGGAAGACGACGAGCUACGGCAAUCACACGGCAGCUCGCGCAACUUAAACGACGACGACACCCCUCUCCUCGACCGCCGCAGAAGCUCUGUGCGUUUCUUCAAUGACGAUGAGUCGACCAAGGUCAGCCGGUUACGCUUCCCUGGCAGUUUUUUGUCCGGUGCAACAAACCGAUUACGACGAAACGCUCGCGACACCUCAGACAAGCCUCCACGAGAGGUCCUCGUCGGUCAAUACCAAUCCGCCAAAUACCCCCCAAACGUGGUGUCGAAUGCAAAAUACACCCCCUGGAGCUUCUUGCCACGAACACUCUACAACGAGUUCUCUUUCUUCUUCAACAUCUACUUCCUUCUCGUCGCCUUGUCGCAGAUUCUUCCCAUGCUGCGCAUUGGCUAUAUGUCUACAUAUAUUGCACCUUUGGCGUUUGUGGUUUCGAUAUCGUUGGGCAAGGAGGCUCUGGAUGACAUUGCGCGGCGGCGGCGUGACGCAGAGGCGAAUGCGGAGGAGUUCUGCGUUUUAUCACUCGAUAGAUCCAACGUGAUGGAGAUCGUCAAGAGAUCUCGAGAUCUGAAAGUUGGCGAUAUCCUGAAGAUCCGGAAAAAUCAGCGCCUCCCGGCCGACGUGGUGAUUUUGAAGAGUAUAUCAAAUGACUCGGGUAUCAAUCGUCAAGACUCCACUACGGCUGAAGCUGCUCUCGGAACCUCCGCCAAUCUGCUCGAAUCGAAUCAAGGGCCAUCCGAACCAACUGCGGAGGAAGGUUCGGGUACUGAGGAUUCGUCUGCCAGCGACACUUUUAUUCGAACCGAUCAGCUGGACGGUGAAACCGAUUGGAAGCUCCGUUUUCCUUCGGUAUUGUCUCAAAGUCUUCCUCUGGGCGAUUUUACCCGACUGAAGGUCACCGCAAGUACUCCCGACCAGAGAGUCAACGAAUUUGCGGGCGCCAUUGAGUUGGGGCCACCGGCGGGUCUCUAUGAUGCUCACAUCGACAAGUCGCCUGAUCUGCAAGCCGAGGAUGGAAGGAAUCAGGACAAUGAAAGCGGAGCCAGCAAUUCUGCUCCCCUGACAAUCGAUAACACCGCCUGGGCCAAUACGGUUCUUGCGUCAAACACCACUACCUACGCCGCCAUCAUCUACACUGGAUCACAAACACGAGCUGCCUUAUCCACCUCACCUUCACGGUCAAAGGUUGGUUUACUGGAAUAUGAAAUCAACAACUUGACGAAAAUCCUUUGUGCGUUGACGCUCACGUUAUCGAUUGUGCUGGUUGCGUUGGAAGGGUUCCAGCCGACGAAUGACAAGGAGUGGUACGUUGCGAUCAUGAUUUACCUUAUUCUCUUCUCGACCAUCAUUCCUAUGAGUCUGCGCGUCAACCUCGAUAUGGCCAAAUCUGUGUACGGUAGAUUCAUUGAGCGAGACCAGGAUAUUCCUGGCACGGUGGUCCGGACAAGUACGAUCCCUGAAGAUUUGGGGAGAAUUGAGUACCUUCUGUCGGACAAGACUGGGACCCUGACCCAGAACGAAAUGGAGCUAAAGAAGAUCCAUGUGGGCACGGUUUCGUACGCCAACGAAGCUAUGGACGAAGUAGGAUCAUUUAUCCGUCAAGGGUUUGCGGGCAACACCUUGACAACUCCUUCCACUGUAUUCGGAACCCAAGCUGGACUUGGGGCAGCACCGCGGACCAGGAGAGAGAUUGGUUCCCGGGUCCGAGACAUCGUCUUGGCACUCGCUCUUUGCCAUAACGUCACACCAACCACCGAGGAGGUAGACGGACAGAAAGUGACGACUUAUCAAGCCUCAUCUCCAGAUGAGAUUGCGAUUGUCCGGUAUGCCGAAGAAGUUGGGUUGAAGCUGUCAUACCGUGACCGACAUAGCGUGGUUCUCGAGUCCGCCGAUUCCAAGCAAGUUGUUGUGCGCGUUCGUAUCCUUGACAUCUUUCCAUUCACUUCCGACAGCAAGCGCAUGGGUAUUAUCGUCCAGUUCCAACAUGAUGAAAACGUCCUUGAUUCCCCCGGCCAAGCCGACAGCGAAAUCUGGUUCUAUCAAAAGGGUGCUGAUACUGUCAUGUCAACGAUCGUUGCGACCAAUGACUGGCUCGAUGAAGAGACGGCAAACAUGGCACGUGAAGGUUUGCGAACUCUAGUGGUUGGACGGAAACGGCUCUCCUUGCAACAGUAUCAAGAGUUUUCGGCCAAAUACAAGCAGGCGUCUAUGUCUUUACAAGGGCGGGAUGCUGGCAUGGCCAAGGUAGUGACCGAAUACCUGGAGCGAGACCUGGAGCUUCUCGGUGUCACUGGUGUUGAGGAUCGGCUGCAGCGUGACGUCAAAUCAUCAUUAGAAUUGAUGCGCAAUGCUGGGGUGAAGAUCUGGAUGUUGACUGGAGACAAGGUCGAGACCGCGCGAUGUGUUGCCAUCUCCGCCAAACUGGUAUCCCGGGGGCAAUACAUCCACACCGUCUCCAAAGCGACGGACAAGUCAACCGCCCAGGAAGCACUGGACUUCUUGCGCAAUAAGACCGACUGCUGUCUCCUGAUCGAUGGCGAGUCUCUGGCGCUCAUGCUGAGCCAGUUCCGGACAGCAUUCAUCUCGGUUGCGGUGCUCCUGCCAGCUGUGAUUGCCUGCCGAUGCUCACCGACACAAAAAGCUGAGAUUGCCGAAUUAAUCCGCCAGCACACGAAAAAGCGGGUGUGCUGUAUUGGAGAUGGCGGCAACGACGUCUCCAUGAUCCAGGCGGCAGAUGUAGGAAUCGGUAUUGUGGGCAAAGAAGGCCGCCAGGCUUCCCUGGCAGCCGACUUCAGCAUCACACAAUUCCACCAUCUCACCAAACUUUUGGUUUGGCACGGACGGAACUCCUACAAGCGCUCCGCGAAGCUAGCGCAGUUCAUCAUGCACCGCGGCCUGAUCAUCAGUGCUUGCCAGACAAUGUACAGCAUUGCCAGCCAUUUCGAUCCCAAGGGCCUGUUCAUCAACUGGCUCAUGGUCGGCUACGCCACUGUCUACACCAACGCUCCAGUCUUCUCUCUUGUCUGGGAUCGUGACGUAGAUGAGCGACUCGCAAAUCUUUAUCCCGAACUGUAUAGAGAAUUAAAGACGGGACGCAGCCUCAGUUACCGGUCAUUCUUCACCUGGGUGCUGAUUUCGGUGUACCAAGGCGCAGUCAUCCAAGGCCUGUCUCAGAUCUUGCUCGACAAGAUCACCGGCCCGCGCCUGAUCAGCAUCUCAUUCACGGCGCUCGUGCUCAAUGAAUUGGGUAUGGUGGCUAUUGCGAUCACAACCUGGCAUCCGAUCAUGAUCAUCUGUCUGAUCGGCACACUGUUGGUAUUCGCAGGCAGUGUACCCUUCCUGGGCGAGUAUUUUGACCUACGCUACGUGAUCACGAUCGACUGGGUAUGGCGCGUCGCGGCCGUGUUGGCUGCAGCGCUCAUCCCGGUGUGGGCUGGGAAGCUGAUCAAGCAGUCCUGGAAACCGCCGAGCUACCGAAAGGUCCGAGGUUGA